AUGGCACCGCGGAUUCCCCACAGCGGUGAGGGCUCUAUGACAGCGUGUUCCUCCUUCCUCCCUGGUUUCGGCACCAAUGUAACAAGGCACAAUGAGGAAGUGGACAAGAAUCGAUAUAUUCUUUCUAAACUGAUUGACUGUGUAAAAUUUUGUGGUGCCUUUGAAUUGGCUUUGCGUGGCCACGACGAGACUGAAGCCUCUGAGAACCCAGGCAUUUUUAGGGGCCUUGUUAACUUCGCCUCGUCAUUGGACGCUGCUCUGAAGGAGCACCUGGAGGGAGCUACUGUGUUCAGAGGUACGUCCAAAACGAUUCAGAAUGAGCUGCUGGACUGUAUGCUGACUGUUGUUAAGGAGUACAUUCACGAGGAGGUGACUGCGGCGGAUUAUAUUGCCAUUCAAGCCGAUGAAACAUCUGACGUGUCUGUCCAGUGCCAACUUGCCCUUGUACUUCGCUACAUCGAUCGCUACAAUGUCAUUCAAGAGCGCUUUUUUGAGUUCAUACCGAUUGAAAACGCGAAUGCUGAAAACAUCGCUCAAGCACUUUUGGAAAGGAUGAGUGCAUUGAUCCCACCCAAAGACAAGACAAAAUUAAUAGCUCAAGCUUAUGACGGAGCGAGCGUUAUGCGGGGUGCCACUGGAGGAGUUCAGCGUAAAGUGAUGGAUGUGUAUGAAAACGCACACUACGUACAUUGUUACGCACAUCAGCUCAAUCUGGUAAUGCAGCAAGCCACCUCAAAGAUACCCAAGGUCUCCGUAUUUUUUUCGGAGCUAGGUGGAUUUUGUGCAUUUUUUUCAAGGUCGCCCAAACGGACCAGCGUGCUUGAUGAUGUUGUUGGCAGCAGACUUCCGAGAGCGUGUGCAACAAGGUGGAACUUUCACAGUCGCUCAGUGAACACUGUAUAUGAGCACAGGGAUGAUCUUCUGAAGUGUUUUAAGACCAUUCAGGACUCUGGGAACUUUGAUGCUGUGACUGUGAGAGAAGCAGGAGGGUUUGUGAGGAUGCUGGAGGAUGGUACAUUUUGCUUUUUUCUCCAACUAUUUCACAAAAUCAUGCCACACGUCGACAUGCUCUUUCAGCAGCUUCAGAAACGAAACAUUGACCCCAUCUUCAUCAAAGCUGCCAUCUGUAAUUUUGCCGACAGCAUUAGAAACAUCAGGUCUUCCAUAUUCACUGUGCAAGAGGAGAUUCCAGCUGCCAAGCGACAGAGGACACUGGGGCCCGCAGAACAACAUCGGAUUGCUAUUGAGGUGUGUGAUACCAUCUGGGCUCAGACAAAGGAGCGCUUUGCGUUCACUGGGCACCUUGUGAGUUCAACACUGCUGCAGGGAGAGCUGUUCUCACAGCAUGCUAAAACCUUUCCAAGUGCUGCAUUGAAUGCCACUGUGGAGGCCUAUCCGAUGCUGAACAAGGCUAGACUGAAGACAGAACUAUCCUUGGUCUAUGAAAACCCGGAGUUUGAAAAGUGUAGUGGUGCAGUGCCUCUGUAUCAGUUUUUUAUGGAGAACAACCUUCAGUGCACAUUUUCAGAAACUGUUAAUCUUCUGAAAAUCCUUAUCACUACUCCAAUGACAUCAGCAGAAUCUGAAAGAUGCUUCUCCACUCUAAAAAGAAUCAAAACGUUCCUAAGGAGCACAAUGUCUCAAGAAAGACUGAAUGCCCUUGCCAUGCUUUCUAUGGAGAAAAAGAUUGUGAAAGACAUGCCCAACUUCAACAACAAAGUUAUUGAUAGGUUUGCAACCCAGAAAGAAAGGAGAGCCAAAUUUCUUUACAAGUGACAGUGCAUAAUCAUCUCGGCUGCUUCUCACCAUCAGGAACUCAGCAUCUCGUCUGCUCCUACAGGGACAUAACAGCAUCUCCACUACUCCUUCAAGCACUCAGCAUCUCCACUACUCCUUCAAGCACUCAGCAUCUCCUCUGCUCCUCAAAGCACUCAGCAUCUCCUCUGCUCCUCCAAGCACUCAGCAUCUCCUCUGCUCCUCCAAGCACUCAGCAUCUCCUCUGCUCCUCCAAGCACUCAGCAUCUCCUCUGCUCCUCCAAGCACUCAGCAUCUCCUCUGCUCCUCCAAGCACUCAGCAUCUCCUCUGCUCCUCCAAGCACUCAGCAUC